GAAACAUGCAGAGAGGAGAGGAGGAGGAGGAAAGAAGCAACGCGUCGGAGGCGACAGGAGAGAGAGGAAGCAGCAGCAGAGAAAGUUGUUAGAGGAGAGGAGAGGAGAGGAGAGAGGACAGGGUCGACCAGAUGGGAGGAAGGAAGGAAAGGAUCUCUCUGCGCGAUUAAAGGAUCCUGCAUGAAUAAAUAAACAUAUGAAUCAAAGCCUGUAAUAAUAUAAAGAAGGGGGAGUUGUAUGCGCGCCACCGCGCUGCGUGGACGCGGAGAGGACAGACAGACAGACAGACAGCGGCGGUGCGCGCUGAGACAAGUCCUGUCUUUCUCUCUCUCUGUCUCUGUGGACUUAUACUCCUCAUGUUCUCCACACUCUCGGCGGGCUCCACUAAAGUUUGAGGUCUGAAAAAACUUUCUUUCUCCCCGGAAAAGAAGCAGAAGUGGAAGGAAGGAAGUUUCUUUUUCUUUUCUGGUUCUUUCCUUCCGAGGAGUCCAGCUCUCCGUAGCCGGGUUUAGGCGUUGGCACCCGGGCAGGGAGUCCCUCGCCAUGGCCGGGGCCAAGCCGGGAGUCCACGCGCUGCAGCUCAAACCCGUGUCCGUCCACGAAGCGCUGAAGAAGGGCGGCAAGUUCAUCAAAUGGGACGAGGAGACCAACAGCGGGCCUCCCACCCUGGUGACCCUGAAAGUCGACCCAGAUGGAUACUUCCUCUACUGGACUGGAGGGUCCAACCUGGAGGUGGAGACUCUGGACAUCAACACCAUCAUGGACACCAGAACAGGGAAAUACGCCAAAGUACCAAAGGACGCAAAGCUGCGGGACACGCUGGGCCUCGGUAAGGGCGACAACGUCGAAGGGAAGCUGGUAACCGUCGUCCAUGGCAACGACCUGGUCAACACCUCCUUCCUCAACUUCCAGGCUAUGCAGGAAGAUACAGCCAAGAUUUGGACAGAUGAGCUCUUCACUUUGGCCACAAACAUACUUUCCCAGAAUGCAACACGGCACACCUUCCUCCUCAAAGCGUACACUAAGUUAAAGCUGCAGGUGAAUCAGGACGGGAAGAUCCCCGUGAAGAAUAUUCUCAAGAUGUUCUCAGAUAAAAAGAGAGUGGAGACGGCUCUGGAGCAGUGUGGCCUCGUCAAUAACAGGACAGAGGGAAUCAAGCCAGAUGAUUUUACGUGGGACGCCUUCCAGAAGUUUCUCGACAACCUCUGUAUCCGGCCCGAGAUACAAAGCAUCUUUGAGGAAAGUGGCUCCAAGCGCAAGCCAUUCAUCUCUCUGGACCAGUUGAUGGACUUCAUUAACCAAAGGCAGCGAGACUCCAGACUGAACGAGGUGCUGUACCCCCCGCUGAAAAGAGAGCAGGUCCGACAGAUCAUGGAGAAAUAUGAGACCAACGUCAGCCAGCUGGAGAGAGACCAGAUCAGUGUGCAGGCUUUCAGUCGAUAUCUGGGAGGAGAGGAAAACGGCAUCGUACCCCCAGAAAGGCUGGACAUCAUCGACGAUAUGACCCAACCGCUGUCUCACUACUUUAUCAACUCCUCACACAACACAUACCUCACAAUGGGUCAGCUGACCGGCCCGUCGUCAGUGGAGAUGUACAGGCAGGUGCUGCUGACCGGCUGUCGCUGUAUAGAGCUGGACUGCUGGAAGGGCCGGCCGCAGGAUGAGGAGCCGUACAUCACCCACGGGUUCACCAUGACCACUGAGAUCCCCUUUAAGGAGGUGAUCGAGGCGAUAGCAGAGAGUGCUUUCAAGACCUCGCCGUACCCGCUCAUCCUGUCCUUUGAAAACCACGUCGAUUCGGCCAAGCAGCAGGCCAAAAUGGCCGAGUACUGCAGGACCAUCUUUGGAGACGCCCUUCUCAUCGAUCCACUGGAAAAAUAUCCGCUGGUCCCCGGUCAGACCCUCCCCUCACCGCAGGAGCUGCUGGGGAAGAUUCUCAUCAAGAACAAGAAGAAGCACCAACAUCACCGACCCUCGAGUAGCGGCAGCAUACGACGCCGAGAUACGGAGGAUAAGUCGUCGCCCCACAACGACUGCCCUCUGACGGACAGCGAGGGAAUCCAUCUCCUGUCCAACGGGGAGGAGAAGCUGGCUGAGAGGAUGGCCAAAGACUUGGAGCCUCGCAAAUCCAUCGGAGGCGAGGGAGAAAGCGAGGAGGAUGAGGAGGACGAGUCGGCGACGGAGCCGAAAAAGCCGAACUCCGACGAGGGUACAGCCAGCAGCGAGGUGAACGCCACGGAGGAGAUGUCGACUCUCGUCAACUACAUCGAGCCUGUCAAAUUCAAGAGCUUCGAGGUGGCGAACAAGAGGAGGAAGUACUUUGAAAUGUCGUCGUUGGUGGAAACAAAAGGCAUGGACACCCUGAAGAACUCCCCCAUCGAGUUCGUCGAGUACAAUAAGAAUCAGCUGAGUCGAAUCUACCCUAAAGGAACGAGGGUGGACAGCUCCAACUACAUGCCUCAGCUCUUCUGGAACGUCGGCUGCCAGAUGGUGGCGCUAAACUUCCAGACCCUCGACCUCCCUAUGCAGCUGAACAUGGGUGUGUUCGAGUACAACGGCAACAGCGGCUACCUGCUGAAACCCGAGUUCAUGAGGAGGACGGACAAACACUUUGACCCUUUCACAGAAAACAUAGUGGACGGGAUAGUCGCCAAUACUGUCAAAAUUAAGGUGAUGUCAGGCCAGUUUCUGACCGAUAAAAAGGUCGGCGUGUACGUGGAAGUGGACAUGUUUGGACUUCCUGCUGAUACAAAGAGGAAGUACAGAACCAAAACGUCCAACGGGAACUCGCUGGACCCCGUGUGGGAUGAUGAAAUGUUUGUGUUUAAUAAGGUGGUCCUCCCUACACUGGCCUCUCUGAGGAUAGCGGUGUUUGAAGAAAAUGGCAAGUUUGUUGGACACCGGAUCCUCCCUGUGUCGGCCAUCAGACCUGGUUACCACUACAUCAACCUGAAGAAUGAGAUGAACCAGCCCCUCCUGCUGCCCUCUCUCCUGGUUUACACUGAAGCUCAGGACUACAUCCCUAAUGAACACCAGGAGUACGCAGAGUAUCUGACCAACCCCCUUAAGCCCAGAAAGAGAGAGACACAGCUGGCUGUGCUCAUAGAGGACAACAGUGAGCAUGUCCCCAACCAGCCCAAAGAGGGAGAGACCAAGGGGGAGUGCGAAAUCAUUCCAGGACUCCCCUCCCCCUUCCACACCCCUCCUCCCUGCCCAUUGGAUGAAGCCCCCGACAUCAUCAAAUUACCUGCACCGGUACAAAGUCCGAAGGAAGACCUCAUAGCCUCUGUUCUGGGAGACAUCCAGUCCCAGUCUAUAGAGGAGUUGAAGCAGCAGAAGAACUACCAGAAGCUGAUAAAGAAACAGAGCAAAGAACUGAAAGAGAUGCGCAAGAAACACCUCAAGAAGGUGUGGAAUCUGAGUAAGGAACAGAAGAGUCGGAGCAGCCAGCUUGAAUCUGACACCCAGAGGAGACGCACUCAGAUGGAGAAGCACCUCAAACGCAGCAUCAAGAGAAACGAGCCCCAUGAGCCGGUGCAGCGCGAGCUGACGGCGUUGGAUCAGGAGCUCGAGAAGCAGACGGUCCAGCUGAGGGAGUGGCAGCUGCAAGAACUGCUGAAGCUCCGACAACAGCUUCACUCUCCGGAGAGAGAGAAGCAACAAAUACACCUGCAGGAGGCCUUCCAGAAGCUAAAGGAGACGGCCCUUGAAUGCCAAGCAGCUCAGCUGAAGAAGCUCAAGGAGACGUGCGAGAAGGAGAAGAAAGAUCUCCAGAAGAUCCUGGACAGGAAGCGGCAAAACAGCAUCAGCGAUGCCAAGACCCGCGAUAAAGACAAGGCUGAGACGGAACUGAAUGAGAUCAACAGGAAACAUAUUCAAGAUUCUGUCUCCUUAAUCCGCGGGCUGGAGGAGGCUCAGACCAAGAGACAGGACAAGCUGAUGCUGAGGCAGCGGGAGGUGCUGCAACACAUAGAAGAUGAACUCCCCCUGAUCCAGUCUCAGUUGGAGAGGGAACUAGAGCAGGAGUAUCAGCAACUACCAGAGGAAAUCUGCCAGCACCUUCACUUGGAGCUCCAGAACAAAGGUCUCCGAAAAGACGCCCUGUUCUCGCCGCUGUCCAACCACAGCAGCCCCAGCCCCAGCUCCGGCUCGGGCCCGCCCUCCAACUGCUCCACGCCCUCUUACCCGUCAACGCCCAACCGGAGCGCCUUGAACAGGAGCAUGGACAAUAGCACUGCGUCACUGGCCGAUUCCACUUCCUCGUCCAUCACUCCCGUCCUGUCAGAGGCGGAGAUGUCGUUCAGUUAAAAUUAUUACUUGUAAAAAGGAAAUCCAUACAUUCAACUGGGGUCUAUAAUGAUUAUAAUGUGGGAUAGUAAUGAUAUUAAUUAUUUACUAAUUUUAUUCCUUUUUUUUAUUACAGACUGUUUUUUUCUUGUCUACAGAGCUAUAUUAUUUUUUAUUUUGCUGUUUUUGUCAGAUGCACAUCAUGCCUUUUUGUUGGAAGAUUUCAUAAGAAUCAUAACCAAACUUUUUUUAUUUUUUACAUUUUCUUGUCUCUUUGUUUUUAAUUUCAUAUCAUUUGAUACCUUUUUCUUAGCAGCAUUCCCAUUUUUGUCCGGUCAGUAAGCUUUGGUACGGUUUCGCCACAUGACGAGCUUUACGCUCGCACUGUUUUUUGCUAAAGCCUUUUGUUUGUAACAGCUUUACUGACACUGUUUUGAAACUGUGUCGAGAGAGGAGCAGGGUUAGAAAACGGCUGCCUUUGUUCAGGAAAACUUUUUAACAUACAUAGACAUUACCAUAAGAGUAAGGAAAAGUAAUUCUCAUUACAAAUUUUUUAUAUUUUGUUUGUAGCAACAACGCGAUUGCCUCGUAAUGGCUUCAUGACCCACAAAUAAGAUGAGGAACUAUUUAAAACGCAGCCUAUGGAGAUGUCUGAGAGCUACAAAUACAUUUCUUUCCAUUUUUGCAAGUAAAUAUGUUCAUGGUUAGAGAAGUAUUAUCCAGAGUUGAGUAUCAAGAGGGAAUAUGACUUUUAAAAAAGAGGUUUAAAAGCUUAAGUUUUAACUGUAAUGGCAGGAGGUGACCAGCAAGCGAUGCUGCAGCCUUUUAGCUGUUUAUUUUGAACCGGUGGUUUGAGCCCUCCGUUCAUCGAGCUUGAUUAUCCUAUUAACUGUACCCCCCGACACACACGCACACACACACCUGUCUCGGCAGGAUUUGCAGCGUCAUUGGUCGGGAUAAAGUCUCUGGCCUUUGACCUCCAAUCAAAGUCCAGCCAAGGUCGGUGGGGGCAGACAUCCAUCUGGCUAGAAACAAGUGUGUGUGUGUGUGUUUGAGGGGUAAAGAAGGGAGGGUUUUAGUGAUGUAACGCUCACUUUCGCACGUACACACACACACACGCUGACACUAUUUACUAGUGAGGCGUCUAUGAAAGUUCCAUCCACACAUUAUGUGUACACACACACUCAUGCGCUCAGCUUAUUGGUUCAGUGGCCAAAAGCCUUUAAAAUCCUCAUCCCAUCCAAUCUACUCCGACACACACACUUUAGGAAAGAACACAUAUCACAUAUCGUUUUGCAAAUAUCGCAGAUUACUAAACUCUUCAUGGGUAUUUGUGUGUGGCCCGAAUUUAAUCUGUUGAUGAGACGUCUGCUCUCUCCUGCUAAAAGGAAAGAGUCUGCUCAGUGUGUGUGUGUGUCUGUGUUUGUUGGUACAGUUAGUUUGGCACUUUUGCAGCCUAGAUUAGGACACCAUAGAGUACGCUCAUAUUGCAACGCCACUGUACAGUAGGAGACAGUCUUCAGAUGACGACUUAAAGCUGCACUAUGACAUUUUAAUGUAAAAAUGCACUUGUAUUUGUGGUCCGAAUCACUAAAAGCACGAGGGUAUUUGCUCAAUUUAACAAAUUAAUGUUUUAGUGUUUAGAUAAUGUGGUAAGAAGUCCCGUCACAGCUCAGGUGACAGCUUAACGGUUUAAUUACACUGAAGCCUCAAAAUUCAGAGUUACCUCUUAUUGCCAUUAGCAUGUGUCGCUAUGAAAAACAGUAGUUCAGUUCUCUUGUUUCCACAGUUGUCAGUGGACUUAGAAAGAGCUUUAUUUUAGGGUGAAUAUACCCUUAAGACAUCCCACUCAGUUCCCUCAGUUUGUCCAUUUAAGCCAAAUAUCGAAUGUGGGAUUGUAGUGCACAAACGGUACUUUAAGUCUCUGUGUUUUUGUCCCCAUCGAAGCUUCCCCGCUUUUUAUUUUCAUCCAUUACUGGAGACUUUUUUUUUUUUUUUACAGCACAAUGUUUUUUUUUCUCGUCUUUUCUGCUUCGAGGGGUAAAAUGAUGGCACUCUGUGUAUAUGUAUUCUGUGUAUAUGUUUAGUUUUAUGUGAAUUUUACUACUGACCACAAGUGCUGUAGAGGGAUAGAGGUCAGGAGAGGUCAAGGAAGGUCGAGGGAAGCAACGAGUUGAUAUAAUUCCUACUUUUCUCCCCUCAAAGAAAAGAUUGUUUUUAGACGUCUUGUCCUCUUCCACCUCCCUCCUUCAAUGAGCACUGGCUGCCUGUCUGUCUGAUUAUUCCCCCUCACACAAACGUCUUUGUAAACUAUCAUCUAUUUAAAUGGAAUUUUAACAACUUUUUCUUUUGUGGUUAUUUAAGUUUUUAUUGUAGGAUCCAUUCAUUCGAUUAACAAUUUGCAGAGUGUAAAAGGUUUUCUAUAUCAAGCUCCUAUUGCUUUAUUUUAUCAUGCCUGAAAUCAUCUGCUUUAUCAGCUUGGACACCAUAAAGAAAGCAACUUGAAGCCAAUAACUGUUCUGAAAUUGUUGGUUUAUCUUAUAGGUCAUUAGUAGGACAGCAACAACAACAUACUGCUGCUGGGGUCAGCACUUUCUUUAAAUGAGUACGCUGACCUUUAGAUCUCUGAUAAUUUGUGCCACACUGCAUACAGUAUGUAAAUGUUUCCUCAUUUUGGAUCCUAAUGUAUACAGUGUGAGUAUUUGCUUUGUACAGUGGAGACGGAGGGGAUACAGCCACCAGUCUUCUCAAAUUGAAAGGUCGAUAUAUUCCUCGCAGGCUGCCUGCUUUUAGGGUCGAGGUGGUCCGAGUUAUUCCAAGUCCAGUGGCAAGUAUUCAAAGUAUCGUAUGAAAUCUGUACAUUACCAGGUACUUUUCUUAUAUUUGAUCCCAUUUUUACUACAACCCCUUUAAACUGAGACUUUUUAUGUUUAAAUGCACUUUUACCAUUCUCUGUUUUUGUUGCUUGUAAAAAAAACAACUUUGGUUUCUGUGACAUCAACACAACCAGUUUCCAGGGAUUUUGACUUUUUGUGUAAAUUCCAGCAGCUGUUUGUUUUUA